AUGGCGAAACCCUGGGAAGAACUUCACAUACAGAUUGAAUCUGACAAAGAGUACAACGACGCCAUCUCGUACAAGGGGUCUAGAAGUUCACGCAGGGUGGUGUGGGCCGUGCACAGCAGCUUGAAGAUUCCAACGCUCAAGAAACUGCAUUGGGACAUGGUGGAGGAGAAGAGUGCAGCUGUUCAGUUUGUCGUGGCGAAUUCGGACAACAUCCAAGCUUUACAAGUUGUGAUUGUGUGA